AAUUCUACGCGAUGAAGGAACCCUGUGAUCUUGGCACGCCGAAGCGCCGAGAAGCAGGGGUCAACAGAAAGAGAAAGUCCACCGAAAUACUCACUCCAUGCAAAAGAGCUUCUAAGGAAAAUUCAAGCAUGUGUGCAGGACAGAAAAUACAUCCAUUUUUUUCAUUAUGGAAGCGCGGAAAAAAUGAUUCAAAACAUGAUUUAUCCAUGGCUCAGAGAAACGGCGGAAAAUUUCUCUAUGUUCCAAUUCAUGUAUUUGAAAAUGUUCAGGAUGAUCCUACACCUCUCGAUUGGAGUGACUGGACAUUUUUGGGGAAGACCGCCCAAGUGGAUUUUGGUCCAGAAAGUUCAAAUUUGUCUGCUUUUGAGGAUUCUAUUGAAUCCCUAAAUUUCGAUCAUUUUCUUAGUGCUUCAAAAUCCUCAUCUUCAAUUUUUCCAAAUGCCUUCUCUUGCUCAGAUCAACUUUCUGUACAACCAGAUAAUAUGCUGAAAAUAUCACUAGCAAACUCAAAUGUGCUAGCUAAUCAGCAAACAAUAUGUCCUUCAAAGCCAGAAGAUUCCAAAGUGGAGGACUUGGAGGUGAAUGAAGUCAGUACUUUUUCAGGGCAUAGGGGCAUUUUCAGGAAGUCAGAUACUGAGCCAUCGAGUAAAUUUCUUCAAGAAAGGACCUAACUGUUGUUUGGAUUUGGACUUUGGCUCAGUUGUGAGACCCAUAUGUCUUGGAAAGAUAUAUCCUAAUUAAUUGGUUUAUUUGGGGGUUUUUUUGGCUGAAAGUAAGGUGGUUGUGAGAUCAUUUUGUGGUGUCUACAUCUUGAUAAAUGUGUAUGAAAUCUUAUUACCAUAGUCGUGAAGAUAAGGCUGAGAGCAGCUUAUGGAUACACAAGUACAAGCCAACAAAGGCCUUUGAGGUGUGUGGUAAUGAUGAAGCUCUGAAUAUCUUGGGUGAAUGGUUACAUCUUUGGCAUGAAAAGCGUUAUCAAUGCAGAAGGGAAUCCUCUGACAGGGAUAUGAGUGAUAUGAAAGAUGAUGAAGAUGAUUAUAACUGCUCUGAUGGUGACUAUGCUCCGAAAUAUAUUGACGAUAAGGAUUCCCUACAGAACGUUCUUUUGCUUACGGGACCUGUUGGGAGUGGCAAGUCUGCAGCUGUGUAUGCAUGUGCCCGAGAGCAAGGGUUUGAAGUUUUAGAGCUCAAUACAUCAGACCGUCGAAAUGGGGCUACUGUCAAGCAGAAUUUUGGAGAUGCUCUUGAAUCACAUGGGUUCAGGUUAAUGGAUCAGGAUCACACUGCUAGUUCACAUAAAAAAAUUACAAAAUUGCCCUCAGCUCCAGCUUUGCCUAAUGGUAAAGCAGCUAAGGAGAUGAAUGAUGAUGGGGUGAUUGAACUGAUUACCAUAUCCAAUGAUGAAACCCAUAGUCCUGCUGGAACUUCUCCGAGGUUACAUGACCAAAAAAUUGUAUAUAUAGGAGAUAAUAGUAUCCAAACUUUAAUUCUAGUUGAGGAUGUGGACAUCCUUUUUCCUGAAGAUCGUGGUUGUAUUGCUGCCAUACAACACAUUGCUAAGGCAGCACAAGGGCCAAUUAUAUUGACCAGCAAUAGUAAGAAGCCUGGACUGCCAGAUAAGUUUGCUAGACUACAUGUUUCUUUCACAUUGCCUUCACCAGAUGAGUUAUUAUGCCAUUUGUACAUGGUUUGUGUCACAGAAGAAGUCAACAUUGAUCCUCUUUUACUGGAGAAAUUUAUAGAGUCUUGUGAUGGAGAUAUUCGUAAAACCAUCAUGCAACUUCAGUUCUGGUUCCAGAGUAAAAAAUAUAGAAAAGACAGGAAAGUGCAGAUGGUGUAUGGCUCACUUCCCUUUGAUCUUGAGGCUUGUCAUCAAAUUACACCAAAGAUCCUACCCUGGAAUUAUCCCUCAGAACUAUCCAAACUAAUUGAGAAGGAAGUUGCCAAGUCAAUAACCAUAAUGGAAGAAAACUCAUGCUUGCAGGGUUUAGUUAAUAAAGAGCUUGACAUAAAUGAAAGGCAAAAUGAUUUUGAUGUGAAAUGUAUGAGGACUGAUUAUUUAGAGGCCAAGGCAGAGAGGAUAAAGAGGAAUACAUCUCUUACAGACUGCAGUGAGUUUGAAAGUGAAUAUAAUGCUAUUUCUGAGCUUUCUAAUUGUUCUAGAUCCCCAGUAACAUCCUCUUUGAAAAAGGGUCAAAAGGAACUUAUGCUGAGGUCCUCUGAUUCUGGUGAAAAGGAUCCAAAUAAUGGACUUUGUCCAGACGUUCAUGAUGAAUCUUACAAGAAGAGACAUUCCGUUGAAAGCAACAGUGAAUCUCCCUGUAAGCUACAAUUGAAUCAAAGCUACAUAAGUACAUCAUUUUGCAAACUCGUUGGUUCUGGUUUGGAUGGUUCAGAGGAGCAAUGCAAAUAUUUAGAAACUGUGCAUGAUGUCUGCUUAAAUGAAUCACAGAAAUCGUUGGACCUAUCCUGCUUUACAGGAUCAAUAUUCCCUCCUGAGACUGCAAAUCAAAAUGGAAUAAAGACAAUGUCGGGAUCAGUGUCUUCUGGUCAUCUUGCGUAUCCGGUAGAAGUUUCUUUGAACAAUGAGCUGACACCAUUCACUCACAGUGAUUGUCAUUGCUUAGCCAAAUUGCCACAAAAUUCUGAUUCAUUGGUGAAUGCUGAAUUUCCAGAAUCUUCUCCAAAAGCAGCUGUACAAGAUUUCAGAGAUGAGAGCACACAAACCAAAACUGUGUAUAAUGGGAUGGAUGAGUGCAGUCAUGUUGAUAUGACAUUGAAGUCAAAGUUUGUUGAGUCUAGUCCUUCUAUGGAGACAGAUAUGGUACAAAAUUUAUGGAGGAAACUUCGAGUUUGUCGAACAAAUUUUAGACAGCAUGCCAACUUAGAAAAGUUGGGUGUUAUUCAAGUUGUUAAACUUACUAGUGGGCUGACCAAUCUAAUUUCAGAAGCUGAUUUGCUGUUUAGUAAUCACCAACAAAAACAAUGUGGUAUUUUGGAGCCUCCAUUGUCCCUUUCUGAUGAAGCCACAUUUAACUGGUAUGAUGAGCAAAUGAUGAUGUCUACUGUUGCUGCACAUGGUUUUUGUUUUUAUGCCAAACAUAUAUCAGAUGUGGGAUCUAGGUUGGGUUUUAAUAACAAGGUAGAUCUAACUUCAGAGAUGUUGGAUUGCACUACUAAUGUUAUGGCACUGGGAAAAUUAUCUAGACAGGACGACACAAAAUACACGAGUAUCUACACUAAAAAGCAAUUAGAGGUCAACAACCCAGCAAAUGAUAAGAGAACAUCAUUGGUCAACGUAAUUGGGUCUAUUGUUCCUGCAAGAUCGUCAUUGACACUAAAAGGUCUUGCACUCAAUGAAUAUGUGUCUUCACUACGCCAAAUUUCAAUUUCAGAAGGUUUCCGCAUUUCACAAGGCGUUGCAAAGACAAGAAAACUAAGGAUGCGGGGUUCUCAACAUUAUUUGAGCAGAUGUAGGAUGAAGUUGUCUCCUGAAGAUAUAUCAUUGGUGUGUGAGGGCGAUUUGUACAGAAAGAUUUCAUCACAAUAUCCUGCUAACAUGGAAAGCAAUUGUACAUGAUUAACCUUUAGAGCGUAGAUUUAUUAACAGAGCCAUUCAUUCUAUGAAAUAAAAGCGUUGAUGAUUGCAUAGGACGAGGAGGCCAAGGUUAUGACUACGACCAUUGGGUGAAAUUGCAAACUAAACUAGAGCAGCAAUAGGAUUUGCACAAGAGGUAGUAAUUGUCAAAUUGAUUAAUAUUAUUGUUGAAAUUAUUUAUUUUGAACUAGAAUUUUAGUGAUUGUAUCAAUGCACCAAAAUUUCAAUCUUACAGCUUUUUGCUUCAUUAAAUGAGAUUUAUAUUCAUGUUUUG